AUGGGAUGGAGCGUGGCCCGCUUUAUCCGCGCCUGCUUUGCCAUGACCGCUAUGUACAGUUGCCGGAGCCUCUUGUUACGCGUGGCGAAGAUGCCACGAACCUUCUGCAUGGCAAGCGUGCUGUCACCCUCAAUCUGCAGGCGCGUGACACCGCGGUCGGCGGCAGCCCGUGCCGAGCAGCAGCGCGGUGUACUCGUCCGUGCACGUCCACACUACGGGGCCGCUGGUCUUGAACAGCGCAGCGCCGGCGCCGAUAGGGCCAGGGUUGCCCGACAGGUACCGUCAAAUCGUAGCUACCACUCGCCGUCCACGUCUGGGUCGUCGUUGAAGUUCUUUUCAUCGCUUUCGUCAUCCUUUUCUCCUCCUCCUUCGUUAGAUCUAGCAAGAGGAGACGGUUGGCAAUGCUUGACACCACCACGCUGCGAGGCAGUGGUGGUCCCUAGCGUGGGGCAGGUAUAUUGCCUUGACGAGACGCAACGCGAGAAGUGA